AUGAUAUCUGGUGUUUCGAAUGGAAAAAAAAUAGCCAUAUGUGCAGUUUUGGUGAUUAUAUGCCUCUACCCAGUAGGUGGACUAGUAUUAGAUCUCAGUCAUACGUCUUUCCCUUCGUGUAUAGAUGUUUUCGAAGGUACAUUCAGUGGCGGUGGUAUUUAUAGGAUGUUUCACUCGACGGAGUGUCAAAUCGAUGUUAUUAAAAACGGCGGGCAGAUUCUGACUCCUUUAGCACGCAUUCCAACCCCUCCAAUAGACGUUUAUGUUCAAGAAUAUAGCCGUGAAGAGGGUAAGUUUCUUACAGUUAGUCAGUUUUACGAUACAACCGGGAAAGCGUUAAUCACGAGGACUUACGAAACAGCAGGAGCUAGAUACAGAAUCAUAAAUAAAAAAGCUAAACAAAAAUUCAUAGGAGGGCCUAUCUUCAUAAGGCUUGAUCUCAAUGGGGGAAAAAUACAUCCAUUUAUUGUUCCACUGACCUUAACGGAAAUGGAUAAAAGACUGCUGUCCUACAGUGUGGCACCGUAUGAUCCGGUGAAGGCAUCUGCGAUAAAUCACGUCCGGUCCCGUGAUGAAAUAGUCCUUAUAUCACCCAUUAUAAAUAUAGAUGAUACACCAAGUGAUCUCAACAUUACGCCGUCGUCAAUCAAUUCACAUAGCAUUAAGGUCAAUAUUGCACCUGGAAAAGAGUUUUUAAUGUUAUGGAUAAAACAUGGAAGCUUUGUCACAAAAAUAACUCUAUCCUUACCACCGACUGAGGAAGGAAUUUUUAAACCACGAAAUAUUUUGCAUCACCCGUUUAAUUAUCACACAACACAAUCCGGAACUAUCAUCAAGUGCAUCAGCAUAAACGUCGAUAUUUCCAGCAUUCAAAGCGCCCAACCAUCCGUUGUAAUAUUGGCUAACCUGGAAAGAGGUGAUUGGAUAUAUACUCAAUAUAGCAUUGCUCCCAUAGUCGACCUAAGUCGAAUUUUCUUAAAAGUUAUAAAUUCUAAGGAAAAAUGCGAAAUAUACCAAGUAACAGAUGAUGCAAUCGUGACACAUGUGGAACUCUUCACUCAUGUCAAACAUGGGUGGCAAUAUGUUGUAAUAAAUGUUAAGCAAUGGGUAAAAACGCAUAUAAAGGAUGCACGAANAGCAAUGGGUAAAAACGCAUAUAAAGGAUGCACGAAUAGUUUACAAACGCAUAGACGGAGAAAAAAAGUUAACCUACUUCAAUCUAAAUAA